UUCUACGAUUUUCUCAUUUUUAUCACUUCGUAACUCUCAGAAAAAUCACAAUUUCGCCAAAAUGGCUAUGGCAUCGGACGCGCAUGUUCGACAUGUUGUUCUCCUGGGUCAUCCAGGCGUUGGUAAAACAACACUUGUGGAGAAGAUUGUGAAUGAUCUGCGAGUAAAUUCUGUCCCAUGCCAGGGUUUCUACACAAAAGAAUGCUUGGAAAAGGGGCAGAGAUAUGGCUUUGAUAUCAUCACUGUGGAUGGAGAAACUGCACCGUUGGCUAGGACUGGAGAAGAACAACAAGAUGAACACACACACAGCUAUAAAAGAGAAUAUAAAGUUGGAAAAUACAAUGUUAACAUCCCUUCCUUUGAAACUGUUGCCAUACCAUCACUGAGGAGAUUGACCAUUGAAGGACAGCCAGAACCUGUCUAUAUCAUUGAUGAAAUUGGCAAGAUGGAGCUGAUGAGCAAUAAUUUCCAGGGGAUCGUAAAGGAUGUGUUCCAGAGACCCAACUCGACAGUUCUGUGUACAAUACCCAUUGGGAGGGGUAGACCUAUACAGCUUAUCGAGGACAUCAAAUCUGGUGCUAAUUCUAAGGUUUUCUAUGUGACAACCAUGAAUCGAGACCAAAUCCACAGAAAUAUACUGGAGAUAUUAUUUGAUGCUUAUCAGUCGAACUUUGAACAAACUAAUGCAGUUGCUGAGCAACUGUGAGUGAAAUAUAGACAAUAACCUAUUAACUGGAAGCAUUGUGUUAGGAACUUGGCAUAGCAGAGUGAGCUGGCUUAGAUUGGACAGUGUAGCAGAAUAUAUCUUGGCUCAUAGGACUUUUAAGUCAGCAAAAAUUUUAUGUAUUUUAUCAUUAACACACCAUUAAUAUACCACUUGCAGGCCACAAUAAUAACUGGAAUAUUUGUGGCUGGUGAAAUUGGGUGAGGGGGCAAAAGGACCCCAUUUCGGCAAAAGAAUACAACGAAUCUAUUGUGGCCUGUGACUGGUACAUGUAUGUUGAUAAUUUGAGUCAUAACUGUGACUAGUGCAUCAAUCACAGGCAUACAGGAAGGAUAUCUUAGGUGUAAAGUGUUUGAAAGGUAAUCAUGUAGGCCAUUGGGAAGAAUGUGUGGUUUUAAUUGAAGACUUGAGGACUGAUCAUACCAGGAAGAGGGUGCAGAAAACUUUCACCAGUUCGCAGGUUGCCAAAACACGAGGGCUCCGAUGCCACAUUUGAAGGUCAUAACUUAAGAUAAGUAGAAAGUACUUCUGAAGACUGAAAGGCAUGAAGUACCAGUCUUAUUUUUGUAUGUGAAGGUCAUAAAUGUGUCCUCAAAGGACAGCUAAGAGAGAUCCCUUCUUUUGUUACCAUGAUGUACAUUCUGCUUCUCUCAUUCAUUGUGUAGCAGAUUUGAGAAUGAAGCAGUUUGGAGUCGGCUGCAUGUGUAUUUAGAUGUACGAUGUACAUUAUGCUUGUUUCGUGAUUUUAUUCUACAUGUAGAUCAGGAAAAACUGAAAAAAUUGUCAUCUGGGUAGGUGACUUCACCUUGUGGAGAUGUUAUGGCAGAAUUCAGACAGAUUUUCACCUUGUCAUAGAGUAUUAAGUCGUUGUAAAAUGGUGACGACAAAACCUCUCUGCGCUGUGGGUAUGUCAUAUGUAUUUUUUGUGAUUGUGGAAUGAAUUUGUCAGUGCUUCAUAAUGUACUUUUUAGUGUUGUAAAUAAGCCAGUUGCCAUCCCGUAUAAAUGUUCAAUUAUAAUGAUAUGAAUAAUUAUAUUGAAAAAAUUAA